AGCAGUAUUAUGCAUUAUUUUCAAGCUUUGCUAAAGGAGAUUGUGGUGGAGUAAGAGAGGUAUAAGAGUGUCGAGGGCAAGGAAGUCACUAUAAUUCAAGAUGUAGAAUUUUUGAAUGGAAGGAGAAAAUGAGGAGGGAAUGAUGACUGAAGAGUGCUGAUAGAAAGAAAGUGAGGAUCUAUGGAUGAAUGGCUUGGAUGAGGUUGAACGCAGUAGUCAGACAAUGAUUUGAAUGGAAGAUGCUUCCAUUAAUUGGAAAAACCAUCAUCCUUGAUAAUUUUCCUGACCCUUCUGAUACAUGGGAAAUUACUGACACAAUAGGCAAAGGAACUUAUGGGAAAGUUUUUAAAGUGUUGAAUAAGAAAAAUGGCCAAAAAGCAGCAGUCAAAAUUCUGGAUCCCAUUCAUGACAUUGAUGAAGAGAUUGAAGCAGAAUAUAACAUCUUAAAAGCACUUUCUGAUCACCCUAAUGUGGUCAAAUUCUAUGGGAUGUACUUUAAGAAGGAUAAAGUAAAUGGAGAUAAACUAUGGUUGGUUCUUGAGCUGUGCAAUGGAGGAUCAGUGACUGAGCUCGUGAAAGGAUUUCUGAAGACGGGCAAAAGAAUGAGUGAGCCCAUAAUUGCUUAUAUUUUACGAGAAGCGCUAAUGGGACUUCAGCAUUUACAUAACAACAAAACUAUCCACCGUGAUGUAAAAGGAAAUAACAUCCUCUUGACCAAUGAAGGUGGAGUUAAACUGGUAGAUUUUGGUGUAUCUGCACAGCUCACCAGCACUUGGCACCGUCGGAACACUUCUGUGGGAACACCAUUUUGGAUGGCUCCUGAGGUGAUUGCCUGUGAACAGCAAUUGGAUACCACGUAUGAUGCCAGAUGCGAUACAUGGUCCCUUGGGAUCACAGCCAUUGAGCUAGGCGAUGGAGACCCUCCUCUAGCUGACCUACAUCCCAUGAGAGCACUCUUCAAAAUUCCAAGGUCACCUCUGUGUACCCUGAAUAUUCCUCAGAGACUUCUGCAGGACUCAAAGAAUCCACCCCCAAAACUAAGGCAACCUGAGAUAUGGUCAGCUGAAUUCAAUGACUUCAUUAGCAGGUGCUUGACUAAAGAUUAUGAGAAACGUCCCACUGUGUCAGAUCUUUUACAGCAUAAAUUCAUUACUCAAAUUGAGGGCAAAGAUGUGGUGUUGCAAAAACAACUCAUGGAAUUCAUUGACAUUCAUCAGUGUACAGGAGGCACAGAAAAAGCCAGACAUGAACGCAUUCAUACCAAGAAAGGUAAUUUCCGCAGAUCUCUGAUUUCUGAUCUGAAGGAUGUAGAUGAUUUAGCAACCCUAGAAGUUUUGGAUGAGAACACAGUCUCAGAACAACUUGAGAAGUGUUAUGCCAGAGACCAGAUUUAUAUGUAUGUGGGAGAUAUACUCAUUGCUCUUAACCCUUUUCAAAGUCUGGGCCUUUAUUCCCCAGAGCAUUCCAAAUUAUAUAUUGGAGCAAAGAGAAGUGCCAAUCCGCCUCACAUCUUUGCAAUGGCUGACUUCGGCUAUCAGUCUAUGGUAACAGAUACUUCAGACCAGUGCAUCGUUAUUUCUGGAGAAAGUGGGGCUGGAAAAACGGAAAGUGCUCAUCUUUUAGUUCAACAGCUGACAGUCCUUGGAAAGGCUAAUAACAGGACCCUGCAAGAGAAGAUUUUACAAGUGAACAAUCUGGUGGAAGCCUUUGGCAAUGCCUGUACUAUUAUAAAUGACAAUUCCAGCCGAUUUGGAAAAUACUUAGAAAUGAAAUUUACUUCUUCUGGUGCUGUAGUGGGAGCACAGAUUUCUGAAUACCUUUUAGAGAAAUCCAGAGUUAUCCACCAAGCCAUUGGAGAAAAGAAUUUUCAUAUUUUUUACUAUAUCUAUGCUGGUUUAGCAGAAAAGAAGAAACUAGCCCAUUAUAAAUUGCCUGAAAAUAAGCCUCCCAGAUACCUACAAAAUGACCACCUCAGAACAGUACAGGACAUGAUGAAUAAUAGUUUUUAUAAAUCCCAGUAUGAAUUAAUUGAGCAAUGUUUCAAGGUCAUAGGUUUUACAAUGGAGCAACUUGGUAGUAUAUACAGUGUCCUGGCUGCAAUCCUGAAUGUGGGAAACAUUGAAUUUUCUUCUGUAGCAACUGAAUACCAGAUUGACAAGAGCCACAUUUCUAAUCACACAGCUCUGGAAAACUCUGCUUCUUUGCUUUACAUUCAGGCAGAUGAGCUACAGGAAGCUCUCACCUCCCACUGUGUGGUCACUAGAGGAGAAACAAUUAUAAGACCCAACACUGUAGAAAAAGCUACUGAUGUUAGAGAUGCUAUGGCUAAAACUUUAUAUGGGCGUCUCUUUAGUUGGAUAGUCAGUCGUAUUAACAGCUUGUUGAAGUGUGACACCUCACCAAGUGGGGAUGGUGAUGAACUGAGCAUUGGCAUUCUGGAUAUAUUUGGAUUUGAAAAUUUCAAAAAAAAUUCCUUUGAACAGCUGUGCAUUAACAUUGCAAAUGAACAAAUUCAGUAUUAUUUCAAUCAACAUGUAUUUGCUUGGGAACAGAAUGAAUAUUUAAAUGAAGAUGUUGAUGCUAGAGUUAUUGAAUAUGAAGAUAAUCGGUCCCUCUUAGAUAUGUUUCUGCAAAAACCAAUGGGUUUACUAUCCCUACUUGAUGAAGAAAGCAGAUUUCCCAAGGCCACUGACCAGACUCUUGUAGAAAAAUUUGAAGGUAACCUGAAAUCACAGUAUUUCUGGAGACCCAAAAGAAUGGAACUUAGUUUUGGAAUUCAUCAUUAUGCAGGAAAGGUCUUCUAUAAUGCUACUGGGUUCUUGGCUAAAAAUAGAGACACUCUUCCAACUGAUAUUGUGCUACUGUUGAGGUCAUCAGAAAACAGUGUAAUUCGGCAAAUAGUCAACCAUCCGCUGACAAAGACAGGCAAUCUGCCACAUUCUAAAACUGAACAUAUAAUAAACUAUCAAAUGAGGACUUCAGAAAAAUCAAUCAACCUGACAAAGGGUGAAACUGGAGACGCCACAUGUCAUGCCAGAGAGACGACCAACAUGAAAACACAAACAGUCGCAUCAUAUUUUAGAUAUUCUCUGAUGGAUUUGUUAUCCAAAAUGGUGGUGGGCCAGCCUCACUUUGUCCGUUGCAUCAAACCCAAUAAUGAACGUCAGGCAAGAAAAUAUGAUAAAGAGAAAGUUUUGCUACAGCUUCGUUACACAGGAAUUCUGGAAACAGCAAGAAUUCGAAGGCUAGGAUACUCACAUCGGAUACUUUUUGCUAGCUUUAUAAAGCGGUACCAUGUUCUCUGUUACAAGUGGAACGAAGAUCCCCCAGUGAGCCCUGAUACCUGUGUCGCUAUUUUGGAAAAAGCUGGUCUUGAUAACUGGGCUCUUGGAAAAACAAAAGUAUUCCUUAAAUAUUAUCAUGUGGAACAGUUAAAUUUAAUGCGAAAGGAAGUCAUUGACAAGCUUAUUUUGAUUCAAGCCUAUGUCAGAGGAUUCUUGGGGUCAAGAAGGUACCAAAAAAUACAAAAAAGAAGGAAAGAGAGCGCAAUAAUAAUACAGUCAGCUACAAGAGGACAUCUGGUCAGGAAACAAAGAAAAGAAAUUGUUAACAUGAAAAACACAGCAUUAACAAACACGCAGACUCAGGAUCGGGAACUUGACUACAAGAAAAACUUUGAAAAUAAAAGGGAGUCUUUUACGAAAAAAAUGACAGAAUAUGGCAUCUCUGCUAAUGGAACAAUCAUUCCAGCUUCAAAUAGUAAAGGGACGACAUCGGUCGUGAAGACGUCUUCUUUCAAAGCUGAAGAGGAAACCACUAAUGCUUUGCAGAGUAUCAACAAGGGAUAUCUAGCUCAGAACAAAAUCAAUAACAUGGCUGGGGAUGAGGCCAAGCAGGAAUUGCACCUGGGGGAGGACUCUUGGGCAGAAGUAAGCCCCAAACAGAAAUAUAUCAGAGACUUGGAAGAGAACAGUAAAAUGAGGAAGAUGGAGAGAGAGGACACUGUAGCAGAGAAUUGCUAUCAGAGAUUUACAGAGGAAAGGAAUUUUGAAGAGUCAAAAGCAGCCUAUGUAGGAAGGAAUGGUAAGCCAGAAAGACCCAGUGUCCCAGGACUUUGGUUAGCUGAGAGUGAGACUAAGCAGCCUUCUUUUAAAAAACCUUUGGAACCUCGUUUUAGCCAGAGAUCACUUUAUCAAAAUGCAAAUAGCAAGGAAAAGAGGACAUCCGUGGCCACCCAAAAUGCACCCAUAUGUAGCAAGGAGAGAAGCCAUUGGAUGUCUGAGACAGUCAAGGAGAAGCAGGUUGAACCAAUGAUCUCAACUUGUGAAGAAGACAAAGCAGUCAUGUUCAUUCAGAGCAAAUUCCGAGGUUACAAGAGAAGGCAGCAAGUGAGGAAGGACAGGAUGUCUUCUUUUAAAAAUCACAAGAUUGUUGCAACACCAACAGAAGCAGCAAGAAAUACUAACAAUCUGUAUUCCCAUCACACAAAACAUGAGGAAUCUUGUAAUAUCAACAUGAAUCAUGAUGAUCUCUCAAAAAGCAUUUCAGAAAAAGAAGCAUGGGACUUGGCAAUUUUUUCAAAACAGAUAUCAAAGCUGUCUGAAGAAUAUUUCAUUCUGCAGAAAAAACUGAAUGAAAUUAUUUUGUCACAGCAACUGAAGCCUCUGUAUCUGGGUAUCUGUCCUCGUAUGCCAAUUGAUAGACGAGUUUCUUCUCAGCACUGCCUCUCAGCUAUCUCUAAAGAAGAGCCAAAAAUACUGAGACACCCAAGACGGCCUCGGAAACCCAAAACAUUAAAUAACCCUGAAGAUUCCAUGUACUACUACCUACUACAUAAAUCAAUCCAAGAAGAAAAACGAAGACCAAGGAAAGAGAGCCAAGGCAAAUUAUUAGAUUUGGAAGAUUUCUAUUAUAAGGAAUUUUUGCCCAGUCGUUCUGGACCAAAAGAACAUAAUCCUAGUUUCAAAGAACAAAGACCACACAGAGAACUCCAGAAUCAUUAUUUUGAGGCUGAUAAAAGGUGCUGGGCAGCAGAGAGCAGGGAAGAGGAGGACCCGCGCGCAGCCAAUCCCUUCGACUACCGGAGACUCCUGCGUAAAACCUCCCAGCGUCGGCGCCUGGUCCAGCAAUAGCAGCCCUGCCUCUGCAAGUCCACAGCCGCGGGAAUAGUCCGGGACUGCGUGACUGCACGCGCCCAAGGGGGAGACCUCAGGUGCUGCCACACCAAACGCCAAAGCCAUGCCACUGACCUUCGCAUGGACUGCCCCUGCGCUGGCCCCUCGCGUGCCCGGGCCUGCCUUCCAGGCUGCGGACCUGGAGAACUGGGGAAGCUCCGGCUGUCACCUGGCCACGCUCUCACCAGCCCACUAAUUGGGCAUUCUUGUCCUUGUCUCCAAUGUAUUUCUUUGUUCACUUAUUGUAACUCCCCUUCUGUGGGCCAAGCUGCGCCUCCAUACGCACUGACCUCUCUUAUUUUGGGUGACUUAAAAUUUCUCUGCUUUCUUGGAAACCACUCUCCGGAGAGAGGUCAGACGGGUUAAUUCCAGAGAAAAGAACAAAGCCCCCAACGGAGGGGUUAGGAGGGGAGGGAACAGAGUGGGACUCUGAGGAACUUGAUCGCAAACUUGCACUUUGCCGUCAGUUGGCUUUUAGGGUUACUAAAUAAAGUGCCUUGGAAAGUCCCUGGC